AACUCCACAGUCCUGCUAGAGUCUACAGCUGUGUAACGGUCCUCUCUCCGCGUGUCCUGUCUUGACCAGCAGACGAUCAGCCAUCAUGUUUUACAGCCAGAGCAUCACCAGUGGUCCCGCCAUGAUCACCAGGCAGAGCCGCAGCUACACAUCCAGUGCUGCCCCUCACAAGGCUCACAGCGUGUCAGGAUUGACCGUGAGAGGAGGCCCCCGGAUCUCCUCUUCCAGCAUGCGCACCGUCUCCUCCGGGUUUGGGGGUGGCAUGGGGCUCGGCAGCGGUGGGUUCGACCUGUCCAGCGCCCUGGACCAGAGCGCCGUGCACCUGAACGAGAAGGCCACCAUGCAGAACCUGAACGACCGUCUGGCAUCCUACCUGGAAAAGGUCCGCUCUCUGGAGGCUGCCAACGCCAAGCUGGAGACUCAGAUCAGAGAGUACUAUGAGCAGAAGGGCCCUGCAGCAGAGAGGGACUACAGCAACUACUGGGCCAUUAUCAAUGACCUGAAGGACAAGAUCGCUGCCGCCACCAUUGGCAAUGCCAACAUCCUGCUCCAGAUCGACAACUCCAAGCUGGCCGCUGAUGACUUCAAAACCAAAUUUGAUCAUGAGCUGAUGAUGCGCCAGUCAGUUGAGGCUGACAUCGCCAACCUGCGCCGCCUGCUGGACCAGACCACCCUGACCAAGGCUGACCUGGAGAUGCAGAUCGAGGGCCUGCAGGAUGAGCUGGCCUACCUCAAGAAGAAUCACGCAGAGGAGCUGGCAGCAAUGCGCGCUCAGCUUACCGGCACAGUCAACGUGGAGGUCGAUGCCGCACCCCAGCAAGACCUCAACAAAGUCCUGGAGGAGAUCCGCGCCCAGUAUGAAUCCAUCACCGACAAACACCGUCGCGACCAGGAGGUCUGGUUCAAUGAGAAGUCUGCAGUUCUGACCAAGGAGGUGGCCAGCAGCACAGAGUCGAUCCAGACAUCCAAGACAGAGAUCAGUGACCUGCGGCGCACACUGCAGGGCCUGGAGAUAGAGCUGCAGUCUCAGCUCAGCAUGAAAGGGGCUCUGGAGAACACACUGGCAGAAACAGAGGCUCGAUACAGCGCCAUGCUCGCCGGCUACCAGAACACAAUCAACAUGCUUGAGGCAGAGCUCGCCAACGUGCGCUUGAGCAUCGAGCAGCAGGGCCAGGACUACAAGAUGCUGCUGGACAUCAAGACCAGGCUGGAGCAGGAGAUCGCAACCUACAGGAGGCUGCUGGAAACAGAGGAGUCCAGAACCCUCAGUACAGGGGGCUCAAAGACCACAGUCACCACCACCACUGUGCGCACUUCCAGCUAGGAGAUCCAAACUGGCAGGACAGGCUGUUCUCAGACACACACACACACACACACACACGGUUUGACCAAUAAAAGCUGUUACAGGAGAGGAGUGAAACUGUACUGAAAAAAAAAAACCCUGAGAAUGAGUAAACUGAGACCGGUGAAAGUGAAGCCUGCGUUAAAAGUUUGUUUUAACAUUUGCAAUGUGGAACAAGUGCCUGACCUGUGUGUGUUUAUGUGUACGACCCGUCUGAAAAAUAAAACUGCUGGUGACUA